GGCAGCCGUCGCCACCUGUCGACGGCAGCCGUCGCCACCUGUCGACGACAGUCGUCAACGCGUCGACGGCAGCAGUCAAUACUUCGACGGCUGCCGCCGACAGGUGGCGACGCUUGCAGUUGUAGCGUGUUACGUCCGCCAUUUUGUCAGUCGACGACAAAUAAACAAAGAGUGCGCAAGCGUCGUGCGUCUACAAAAUGAGCUCCGGAGACGAAAUUGAUGUCGAAUUGUUAAUUAUGGCAGUAAAAAAAAGGCUUUGUCUUUGGAAUUAUAAGCUACAAGACUACAGUAACAAGACAAUAAAAAACAGAGCAUGGGUAGCAGUGUGUGAGGAAAUUGUAAAUGAUUUUAAGGAUAAAUCCAUAAUUGAAAAAAACGCAAUCGGUAUACAGGUACAGUCUAAAUGGAAAACUUUAAGAGACGGCUUCACAAGAUAUUGCAGAACUUUGAAGAGAAAAAGUGGUUCCGCAGUGUCUAAAGCAAAACAGUAUACAUUCUAUGAUCAACUACUAUUUUUGAAAGAUGUUACCGAAGAUAAGGGUCAAAGUACUUCAAACUUUGAUGCUCCCUCUCAGACAAUUCUACCACCAACAACAACGCCAACGCCAAUGCCAAAACGACAACGGAUACGCCAAAGUGAUGGUGAUGAUGCUUUGAUUGAAAAAUUAACUAAGAAAUUAAAUUAUAAACUGGAUAAAGCUGAGAGAGACUUUUCUCCUCCUCCAGAUGAGGAUAAGUUAUUUCUGUUGUCCCUAGUAAGUGAUUUCAAAAACAUAACAGCAGAUUGGAAAUUAGACGCCAAAUUAGAAGUUAUGCAAGUAAUAAAACAUUACAAGUCUCUUUCAAUGCCUUCAACGAGUCAUUCUUCAUAUAACUACGCGGGUUAUUCCACCACAACACAUUCUGCAAGACCGGAAAGUCAAGUCACAACUAAUGAAAGCUUGUCGUCUCAGAAUUCCAUGCAAAACACAAUUCCUUCAACGAGUCAUUCUUCUCAUAACUAUUCGGCGUACUCCACUACAACACAUCCUGAAAGACCGAAAAGUCAACUCACAAAUAUUGAAAGCUUAUCCUCUGAGGAUUCUGUUUCAAAUACCAUAAUAACUGAACUCUUCUCAGAAUAAUUUACUUUUUGUCUAAAUUAUUGUUAUAUUGUUUGUUUUUAUGUUUUGUAUGGUUUUACUACAAGUUGAUUAUGAGAAAAAAAAUUGCAAAGAUUGAUCAGGAAAAUUAAAAAAUCUUGUAGCGGCGCCACUUGUGAUUUUAUAAUCAGUAUUAUGGAGAAUUUGUUGUUAAAAGUUUUAUAGUAUAAUAUAAAUGUUAAUUAAUGUUAAGUAAAGUUCCUAUUUUAACUUAAAUUAAAAAUGUUGCCAAAGUUAUAUUGAUUUGAUCUCAUUAAAGUUAUGUCCAGUAUAUACCAUUUUUUGAUAAAAUUAAACCCUUCCUUCAAACGAGGCGUGAAGAGGCAUCUUGCGGGCCGGCAAGGCGAGGGCGGCUAGUGCAGAACCUUCUUCCCGACUGUACUGGCCGUCCUCGCGUUUGGACUCUACUACCACUUAACAUCAGGUGGAGUAGAGUCAUUUGCCCUCCCGGAUAAUAUAAAAAAAAAAAAAAACCCUCUUACCUUA